GUUUAUUGUUGUAUAACAGUGUCCCUUUGUUUAUUUCCAGCGUUUUCCGGGAAAUAUUGCUGAAAGGCGCCUUGAACAUUAGCUGCUAGAGGAUUAUGGGAGCCCUAUGCGGAAAUGUGACGCCGGUACAGAGAGUUACAAGUGAUGUGUUAGCUCUGUGAGCUGUAUUCCACGAACAAAUCGCCACAAAAAUCACUUUUUUAAACAUUGAGAAUGCCUCCAGGACUACGGCGCAAUUUCUGGGACGAUUACGAGCCCGCAUCGCUGGUAAAUGUAGACUGUUUCUUACCAACAGGAGUCGUGAUUCAGUUACAAGUUCGCAUCGAAGCUCCGUUGUCAGAGAUUAAAAAUCGACUAUGGAGAGAAGCCAGCUCUUAUCCGUUGUUUAAUUUUCUCAAAGAUGCUGCGAAUUACAUAUUUGUGUGCGUGAAUCAGAGAGGAAAGCAGGAGGAACUACUGGAUGAAACUCGCCAGCUAAUCGACGUGCGUCCUUUUAGACCCUUGCUGAAGCUUGUACAAAAACAAGGUGACAACGAGGAAAAACUCUUCGACUCCCACAUUGGCAACCUCAUCGGUAAGAGCUUGCACGAGUUCGAUCAAAUGCAGAACACAGAAGUGGACGAUUUCCGUCGAAAGUAUCGGCAGUUUGCCGAGAAAAUCGCUUGUGAGAGGCGUCAACUUGACUGGAUUGGACGAGCUAUGUAUGCGUACCCUCCCGAAGUCGAAAGCACUGAUCCACCAGAACGGAUCGAAGAGAAAUUAAUGGAGAACAGGCGUUUCUUGGUAAAUGUGGCCAUCAAGAACAAUAGGGCCUCAAUAAAAGACAUGCAUGCAUUUAAUGUUCCUGCUGAUGCAUAUCCAGACGAGCUUCUGGUAUUGGUAUUGAGGAAAAGAGGUGCAAUCAUGGGGGUCUUAGAUCUCGACAAACCGAGUGAUUACGUACUGAAGAUUGUUGGACAAGAAAGCUACCUACUAGGAAAUUAUCCGUUAUUGCAGUACACGUACAUUCGCACUUGUGUGUCCAAAGGAAUCAGGCCAAUGCUUUCACUAGUGCUUCGUUCAUCACUUCAAGUAGAGGUGCUUGAUGUUAGUGAUUUAAGUCGCAGAAGUCAAGGUUGCAGAGCACCACCUCUGCCUACAAAGCCACAGGCAACAAGCUUGUCACUGUGGAAUAUUGAACAUCAAGUUAAAAUCAAGAUUACUUCAGCCACAAAUGUGAAUGCAGGAGACCUAAUGAGAGUUGGUGUCCGAGCAGGUAUCUAUCAUGGGGGAGAGGCAUUGUGCGACAUCAAAUCCACAAGGGCAGAGAGUGGAUCAAAUCCAACAUGGAAUCAGUUCUUGGACUUUGAUUUAAAAGUGGCAGAUAUUCCUCGAAUGGCUCGCUUGUGCCUUGUGAUUUAUGGCGUAACCAACAAUCCUCAGAAGAAGUCAAAAAAGAAGAAGGAGGAAACAAUUCCUGUGGCAUGGGUCAACACAACUCUGUUUGAUUACCAAGGUAAACUUCGGCAAGGUCCUCUGAAACUCUUUGCAUGGCCAGUACCUGAAACAAUGGCUGACCAACUGAAUCCUGUGGGCACAGUUGUUUCCAAUAUUGACACUGUAACCUCAGUGUCACUUGAUAUUGCUUUCUCAACUUACUCAGACCCAGUACUUUACCCAUCGUUUGACCAGAUUGCUGAGCUGGCAGCACAAGUUACGGAUUCUGACAUUUUCGGACGAGCAGAUGAGUCAGUACUUGAUCAGCUAAAGCAGAUAGUCAAUCGUGAACCCCUGGCUCCUAUCUUUGAGCAAGAAAAGGAGCUUGUUUGGCAGCGCAGAAUUGAUUGCCGUGAACAUUUUUCACAUGCUUUGGCAAAACUACUUUGCUGUGUGAAGUGGAACAGUAAUAAGGAUGUUGCUUUGAUGCAAAUCCUGCUUCAAACGUGGCCAGAGCUUGAGCCAGAGGUGGCUUUAGAACUCUUGGAUUAUACAUAUGCUGACCAAGAAGUGAGAAAAAUUGCAGUGAAGUGUAUUGAAAAGAUGAGAGACUCAGAGAUCCAACAGUAUCUUCUUCAGCUUGUCCAGGUUCUAAAGUAUGAAUCAUAUUUGGACUGUGACUUGGCAGAGUUUUUGCUCCGGAGAGCUUUAAAGAAUCAGCACUUUGGCCAUGAGCUGUUUUGGCUUCUCAGGGCUGAAAUGGAAAAUCCUGGAGUUUCAGUGAGGUUUGGUUUGAUGUUAGAAGCAUAUUGCCGUGGUGCCCCGACACACAUGAAAAGCCUUCAGCACCAGGCCCAAGCACUCAGCAAGAUGAAAGCUGUUACUGAGUUACUUCAGCUAAUUGACAGGGAAAAAAAGGAAAAAGGUUUGGCAACAAUGAAAGAGCUUCUUCGUCAGAAAACGUAUCAAGGAGCACUCUCCAAAAUCAGCUCUCCACUUAAUCCAAGCUACAAGCUGCGGCAACUGAAUGUCGACCAGUGCAAGUUUAUGGAUUCCAAGAUGCGGCCACUUUACUUGGUGUUCGAAAAUACGGACGAGCUGGGAGACCUGGUGCGCAUUAUCUUCAAGAAUGGAGAUGAUCUCCGUCAAGACAUGUUGACUUUACAACUGUUUAAAAUCAUGGAUAGGAUCUGGCAGAACGAAGGACUGGAUUUAGGAAUGAUCCCCUACGGAUGUUUGUCCACGGGAAGCUCUAUAGGAAUGAUCGAGGUCGUGCACCAAGCUGAGACCAUAGCCAAGCUUCAGAAAAAGAAAGGAAUGACUGCUGUUUUUGCUAAAGAGUGUAUCUGGAACUGGUUCAAGGACUAUCACUCUACUGAAGACGAACUGUUCGAAGCUGUGCGCCGUUUCACGCUCUCCUGUGCGGGGUAUUGUGUGGCCACAUAUGUUCUGGGGGUGGGUGACAGGCACAGCGAUAACAUCAUGGUGAAGAAUACAGGACAGUUAUUCCACAUUGACUUCGGCCAUAUCUUGGGUAACUUCAAGAGCAAGUUUGGCGUGCGGCGAGAAAGAGUGCCUUUCGUACUUACUGAUCAUUUUGUACAUGUGAUUUCCUUGGGUAAAGGAAGAGAUACGAACGAGUUUAAAAGAUUUCAACAGCUUUGUGAAGAAGCCUUUCUCAUACUGCGUCGCAAGGGCCCACUUCUGAUCAACUUGUUCGUCAUGAUGUUAUCCGCAGGCCUCCCUGAACUGCGGUCACUUGAUGACAUUGGUUACUUGCGGAAAACACUCCUCUUGCCCGUAUCGGAAGAUGAUGCCCUUAGAGACUUCAGGAGUAAAUUCGACCACGCUAUCAACAACAGCUUUUCGACAACAAUGAACUGGUUUGCUCACAAUGUAAAAAGGGACAAUCCCUGAAAAAUAAAUUGCGCCGUCUUCUGCUAAUGAGUACUCUAGCGUCAAUUCCUUCCACAGACCCCUCGAUGUUUGGGUCACCACAAGAACGUUCACGGGGAGGAGGGGAAAGAACUUUUUUGGUCAUGAAAUGACGUCAUUACAGGAGCUUGUCAAUCAACAGGAAACAACAAAUAGUAAAUUUCGGUGGCCUCUCUAUGAGAAGGAUAUGUAGACACAUACAUUUUUUACUUUGAAUGUAUUAAAAUCAUUUUUGUGAACUAUGGAUGUAGAAAUUGAUAUGAAAGCAGUCUUCGCUGUAAUGAAAAUAAGACCUGAAAAGAAAAAAAAAAAGUCUUAAGUCCUGUACGGGGUUUGAACUCAGUACUUUUGCGAUACCGGUGCAGUGCUCUUCUCACUGAGCUAACAAGCCAACUGGGAGCUGGUUAUUAUGCUGGUUUUUAAUAUACCCAUGAAUUGAUGAAUAAAAUGUCUGUGAAUAUGUGCAAAUCAUACAUGUGAAUUGCGGAUUAGGAGAUUAAUAUGAAAGCGAUCUUCGUAAUAAAGAACACUGCUUAAGCAGGAGUGGAAAUAAGGCGAUCAUAUCUUCAUGAAAUCACAGUCAUUUUUUCAUCACUUCACGUAUUUAUUACGAACCAACGUAAAAAUCAACUCGCAUUUGGCUUGUUAGCUCAGUUGGUAUCGCACUGUACUAGUAUCGCAGAAGUCAUGGGUUCAAAUCCUGAUUUUUUUUUUCUCAAGCUGUAUUUUAGCUACUGCUUAAGUAAUGUUCAUUGCUGCGAAGAUCGUUUUCACAUUAACAUACAGUCUUUCUUUUAACUUGUAAAGGUUCUUAUGACAUUUUGUUUUGUGUUAAUACACUGCUUUGGUUAAAGUAAAAAAAAAAUGGUUUUAAUUUAAAGAAGAGUGGACUUCCACAAAGAAUGGAAUUACAGCACAGGAAGAAGAGUAAGAUAUUAAAGGGAGUCAUUACGCAGAGAAAUGUAAAUUUACGCUGACCCUUUAAGUUGCUUUGGGGAGCUUUUUUGUGUUAUCAAUUUUAAAAAUUUGAAAUAUAUAUGAAGUCGUAUAUAGGGCAUAGGUUGUUAUUAGAGAUUAAUUUCUUUAUGCUGUUUUAAGCAGGUGUUCAAUUUAUUUUGUAAUGAGGUAGUUAGAAUUUCUUGGCCAGAGGCGACCAUGUGUUACUUUGUAUUCAGGGGCUCGCUUUUACUCAUAGCUAUCAACUCGCCAGUGUGGUGGGAACUUAAUCAAAUCAGGUGCAAGUGAUUUAGAUCGGCUGAGUGCCUGGUAUGCAGAUCUCAGGUAGCAUUUGAUUUCAACUGUUUUCUAGGAAAUUUGUCUAAACGAGGCAAAUGUUAGUAGUAUAGGUAAUAAGUUGGUAAUUGAGUGGUUUAAUGCUGUCCAACGCUUUUUUGCUUCGAAAAAUUCAAUUGAAUCCUUACCAUUGGUUCCUUAAGAUUUUUAAAAUACAAAGGGAACAGUUUUGGGCAUUAAUGGUUUCGACUUUUUUUUAAAGAUUUUAAUUCGUCACAACCUUAAUAGAAACGCCUUGAACAGAUGGAACAGAAAAUUGGUGCGUUUGCUAGAUUAAGGUUAAUGUAAGUUUUCAGAUUUUUUUAUUUUAUUUUCUUAAGAGAUUAUAUAUUAAGUUGUAAAGAAUUGCUUUUAAAUCGAGUCUGAGUAGAUUAUUCAAAACAUCGGGAUGAAAUAUACAGUUUUUUAGAAUUUUUUAAGACGAAUUUCGUGAGUUUUAUCAUUUAAUUGAAAUUCCACCUUUUCUAAUAGGAAGAUAGCAUGUUUUAAGUCGAAAAUAAAUAAGUGAAAAGAACGUA